UCACAGGCAUGUCUCUUCCCUUUUCAGUUCUGAGCAACAUGGCUACCGCAUGGACAAGAGAACAAAUGUCAGUGCUAAUAGAUGCUAUGAAAGAAGAACAAUGUCUUUACAAUGUAAAAAGUAAAAAUUAUUACAACAAACGCUGUCGUGCGGAGGCGCUUUUUCGUGUAUUUUUUAAAGUGAAAUGUGUUAGGCCUCAUUUGAGCAAUCCAAAGGAGUGUCAAACGAAAUUUUUGAAUAUGAGGAACAUGUUCAACGUGGAAAAUCGAAAGAGGAAAGAGAGUAUGAGGACUGCAACCUGCGAAGAUGAUAUAUAUCGGCCAGGUUUGUGGUAUUUUCAGAAACUCGAAUUUCUAGGCGCUCAUUACAUGCCACGAAUUAGGAACUCUGCUCCACUACAGACUAUGGAAUGUAGUGACAGUUUUCAGACAGAUGAAAGCACAUCACAUGAAAGUGAUGUCGUGGAAUCUUCCAUGAGCAAUGUCAUUGAAUUUACAGAAGAAAGUGACGUGAAGGACAUAGGACUAGUUGAAUCUGAUUCAAUUCUAGAACAAGUACCACUGGCACAAACCUCAUGGAGUUCAGCAGAGAGUGCUACAUCCAGGUCCUCCAUUGCGAGAAAAAGAAACAAUAGUGACAGUUAUGACACUGCAAUACAAUUAAUUGUAGACAGACUGCAGGAAAGUUAUGAUGAUGACAUAACUGUUUUUGUAAAAUAUCUGGCAACAGAAAUGAGACAAAUAAAAUGCAGAGAAGCAAGGAAUGCCUGUAAGCAAAAAAUACUAAAAAUUGUUUAUGAUACUUUAGAUAAUGAAUAAAACAUUGUGUAUAUUGCAUUUGUGUUUACUUUAUAAAAAUGUAACUAUUUAAUUGAAGGAAAAUGAAAUCAGUGUGAGUCCUGCAAUUCAUUCUUCGUGUGACGCCUGGCUGUGAUCAAAAUGAUGGCUGUCAGCAAUAGUAAUAAUAUACUGAGUGCUACCAAAUCACUGUAAAUCUGAUCAGUCUGAAGGACAGUGUGAUUUAGUAUGGGUAGUAUUGUAAUAUCAUUAACAGUGAUAUCAGAGCUGUACAAGAUCAUAAGUUCUUACUUUUGUCAGAUGAGUGUUGUUUUCUGUUUUAUGUGGUAAUGUACUGAAAAGUGAUUUAUUGUCUGUGUGUUGUGAUACCUUGAAGAGAACCACAGCUGUAGAAGUAACUUCAGGCCCACCCCAGGAAACUGUAUUGGGGCGUUUGCCCUUCAUGUUGUAUAUUAAUAACCUGGCAGACAACAUUAACAGUAAUCUCAGACUUUCUACAGCUGAUGCAGUUACUCUUAAUGAAUUAGUAUCUGAAAACAGCUGCACAAAUAUUCUGUCAUAUCUUGAUUUUAAAUGUUCAGAAAUGUAAAAUUGUGCUCUUCACAAAAUGAAAAAAAAACAACAUUGGGCUGUUUUCGAAUGCUGGUUGGUGCUUUCUAUGUGAAUAAAUAGCGUUAUAAAAAGUG